AUGGAGGGUAACUCUUCUCAGUGUCUUCUGAAUUGGUGCAUUGAACAAACCAAAACGUACCCAUAUAUUAAUAUCACUGAUUUCACAUCAUCAUGGAAAGAUGGUCUGGCGUUUUGUGCCUUAAUUCACAAACAUUUCCCUGAUCUAAUAGAUUUUUCGCACUUGAAGUCUGAAGAUGCUGUAACAAACCUUAAGUUGGCGUUUUUCGUUGCAGAAACAAAAUUGAAUAUACCGGUGCCUACAAGACCACAAGUCAUAGUAUUAGAAGAUGUAGAUGAAAAGAUAAUAUUUGAAUACGUUUCUAAGUUAUAUGGGGCAUUAACAAGAAAUUCAAGUCAAUUAGGUUCAGAUAAGCUUUCAGAUAAAAACUUAUCAUAUUUGUGUGAACAGGAGGAGGGACUUCUUAUAUGUGACCUUUGUGGGGAAACUAUAUUUCGUGUCGAGCAGCUGACUGUUUUCAGUAGGAACUACCAUCGUAGUUGUUUUCGUGACAACCAGUUAACUUAUCUCAAAGAGCGGAAUAAAACACUAAAGGGUUCCAACUGUUCUGAUGGUUCACCGCUGACUAAAUUCUCAGUAGCGGAUCCCUUCCCAAUAAGAUUCAGUCCACAAAAAGAAUUGGACACUGUUAGCAAUGGAAAAAGUCAACCAACAUGCAAACCUCCUUCUAGACCGCCACUUCCUGAUGUUUUAAGUAAUAAUGCGUCUCCUGAACUGAAUAGUGUUUUGAAGAUAAAAGCUAAAAUAUCAGCUGACAUAGAACAGCGUAAAAAUAACUCUAAUUCCAAGCAUCAUAACAUCGUUUCUUAUCCUGCUGCUUUAAAUCCGUUCGAAGAUGACUCUUUGUGUGAUCCCAGCUCUCAGCAUGAAUGUACCUAUAAGCCUUACAAUCCAUUUGAUGACGAUUUAUCAGCCUUAGACUCGGAAGAGAUUAAUAAUAUUUCAGAUUCUGACCACUCAAACGUAUUAAGUAUAUCAAACCCUCCAUCUCUGGUAUCCACGCCUAGUAACCAUAUAAACAAGUACAUGGGACAGAGUAACCAAAAUUUUUCCAUGGAAAAAUUAGUCGCAGAUGAAUCAGUCAAUCUUCGGACUGCUCGCUCUUCUAUAUACGAUUUAUCGAGUUUACUCGCUUAUGGUAGUCUGAAUAAAGCACAGUCCUCUUCACUAAGCAGUGAUACAAAACAGUCCUCAAAAUCUCCUCUUAAUGGAUCAAAUGCAAAGAUAAGUAGGUCAGUUAACACCAAAGGGCCUGCCCCACCUAUUCCUGUUUUAUGCCGACGUGAUGUCAGACGCGAUCAGCAAAGCGACUUCAUUCCAUACACUGAAUUACACAGACAACUAUAUGAUAUAAACAAUGAACUUUCCAAUCUGGAACUAUCUGCUCGCAAAAUUCAAACAAGUAUUAAAGAAAUGUCUGAAAAUAAUGAAAGCGUCAAGAGAUUAUUGAAAAGUGGCUCCAUACCGUUGAAUUAA